GAUGUGCGUGGAAGAUAAUAGAAAGCUCAAACUGGAGAGCCAUGGAGUGUAUUGGAACUAUAUGACAUAGAUGUGACCAAGUGCAGUUUUGUAGAAUCAAAUCCGUGUGAAGUGGAAAUUUAGCUAUGACGAGAAGACAAAUGUUUAUGGAGAAGAUGGAGAAUUCUACUGUAAUAUUAUCUGCAGAUGACGGAAGCAAUGUGAAUUCCAUUCUCCCGCUGAAAGUACUGAGUUUUGCAGAUAACACCAGUAGUAGUAACGCGAACGGGAACUUUAACGGCGCCUAUACUAUGCAGUUCCAUCCCACCGUAGGGAUAAUCAUCCUCGUGCUGCUAAGCCUCCUCACUGGUAUGAGUUUUUUCUCCUUCUUCAUACGCCGCCGGCUGAAUAGCCGGGAAAACAGAAGAGGUUUCAGAGUAGCCGGCGUGGGUAAUGGAAACACCGUUGAGGAGGCCCAGGGACUGGAGCGAUCGGUCAUUGAGAGCUUUCCUGUUUUCAACUACAAUCUGGUGAAGGGUCUCAAAGUACAGGCGAAGGGCUCCGAGUGUGCGGUAUGCCUCACCGACUUCGAGGACCACGAGAUGCUGAGGUUGCUUCCCAAAUGUAGGCAUGCUUUUCAUCCAGAGUGCAUCGAUACGUGGCUCUGCACCAACACAACCUGUCCCCUUUGCCGGACGUGCCUUAUGUCCGCUGGUACUGGUGACUCCAACGACAGGAGUACCGACUUCGGUGUUGUUGAACCGCAGCCGUCUUCUGAACAGCUCAGGACCGUUCGGGACAACGGAGGCAGAGUCAGCGGACAUGGAAGCGUGCUGGGAGAUUUAUCAAAAGACGAGGCAAUGAGCGAAGGUGUGGGCUACGAUUCGAUGGGACACUCAUUGAUUAUGGUGCAGACGGAGUUGAAGCAGAGUAGGGAAUGGUAUAUCGUCACGGCGGACGGUCUCACGCCCGGAUUGUACAGUAGCUUUGCGGGCAAGCAUCAGCCAUCCAGAUCUUUUGCCCCGCCCGCGUGCUCUAAGCCUGGCGGUUCUGCGGAGAACAGAUCGAAAUCGGAAAGGUGGGGGAACAUUUCUAUCAACCCAGCCUCGUUUUUGAGGACGUUUUCUAUGCGCGUAACGGCUGGGGAUAGAGAUGAGGCUGGGGCUGAGCAGCAGGAUGAGAGGCCUUAUUUGAAGAGAACGUUGAGUUGGUUGAAGGGAAGAGAUAGAGAGGCAGACGGGACAGAGCGCUCACAGGGCGGAUCGUAAAAGCGCUGAGUGGUUGUGACAAAGCAAAAGGUUUAUUUAUGAACAAGAGGCAAAGGACCGGCAAAAGCUAUGAGGUUACAGUCUGACCACACACACUCUAUCGCUGUAUACGGCGAGGUUUGUUCAUCAUUCUCCACUAGAGUUAACUUGUAGUUAAUUAUUUUCCUGGAGCGUAUGCGGGCCACGGCCCUAUUUUACUUCCAAUCAAAACCUGAAGAUGCAAUAGCUACAGCCUACAGGGACAGUUGUAAUGUAAGAUUUGUAUGUAUAUUAUAUUAUAAUGUUUAAUUAAUUAAUUACACAUAGUCGAACUCCA